GAACUGUGCUGCUUAUUGGACACACAAGUCAGGUGGCCGGAUGUUAAGGAGAGUAGCCCGCGCAUGUUUGGUAAGUCGAGACUGCCUGCAGUGACCAGUGUUGUCCUGCAGGGUAACCAGAGUGCUCCCCUGAGAGUGGAAUGGAGGCCCCGCUACCCCCUCGUGAGUCUGGGCGCUGGAUUGCAGAACGGAGCCAAGAUGUGUUCAUUGAGGAAGAGGGCGUGAGGAAGAUUGCGGAGAUGCUGUACACGUUACGCAGCUGCGAGGAGUUCACGCCACAGGGCUGGAAGAAGAUGAACCCUUUGGCUCCCUCCUGGGAUUCGGACCAUGCCAUAAACUGGGUGUUUGUGGUUGACACCAUGAACUUCUCCUUCUGGCCUGAUCAUCCAGACCAGCAGUGCACCGUUACUCACAAGGGCAAAACUUACAGCGGCUACAUGGCUCUCUGUGCCGCCAUCACCAGGGCCAUGGAUGAGGGCCUGCCCAUCACAGAUGCUUCGUACUUCGCCAGCAUUAGCCUGGAGGAGCUGAAGCACGUCCUGCGGUCCGACAAUGACACGCCGAUGCCCAUGCUGGGGGAGCGGCACCGCGCCCUGACGGAGGCGGGGGCUGUCCUGCUGCGCUACGGCGGCUCCCUUCGCGACUUCAUGCGCAAGGGCAACAACGACGCCGAGCAGCUGGUGAAGCACAUCGUGGAGAGCCUGCCCUCUUACCGAGACGAAGCCACGUUCGAGGGUAAAAAGGUUGCCUUUUAUAAGAGAGCGCAGAUCCUGGUGGCGGAUUUCUGGGGUAUAAUGGAGGCGCAAGGCGAGGCCAACAUUCCCAACCUGAACUACUUGACCAUGUUUGCAGACUACAGAGUACCGCAGGCCCUAGUCCACCUGGGGGCGCUGCGCUACUCGGAUGCACUCAUGAACACCCUGAAGGAAGGAAUUGUUCUCCCGCCAGGGGACCGGAGGGAGGUGGAGAUUCGAGGCUGCUCCAUCUGGUGUGUGGAGAGGAUCAAGGCUCACUUGUGGAGCCUCAUUGAGCAGAGGGAUGGGAAACGCAGUGAGGAGAUCAACUCGGCCAUCAUUGAUUUCUUCCUGUGGCCCUAUGCCAAAGAGCAUCACAUGGAGAUGGCUCAUAUCCCCAUCCACCACACACGCACCAUUUAUUACUGACUCACACACGCUACAUACAUUACACACGCAUACACAUUCACACAUACUGUGAUGGCUUGGAAUGCCACUGUGUGGUAGUGCUGCUCUAUGGUGAAUAAAAAUGUUUGA